CGUGGCGGGGGCGGAGCCGCGGCCGGAGGCGGCAGAGUCCGGAGCCCGGCUCAAGGGCCGCCGUGGCCGCCGCGGAGCAAAGCUGUCUCGAGAGAGCGCCCGGGCGCAGAGGGGUUAACGGGCCGCCGGGGCCUCGAAGAGCAGCAUAGGGACUCUCCAGCCAGCCCUGGAACCUGCUGUCCAGCCUCCUGCCCCUCCGUGGCACCCAUUUCCCAGAGGUUCUCCAAGCCCAUCAGAAUCUCGCCUGAAGUAAGCCCUCACUGAUCCAGGGCUGGACGCCAGCCCCCAGAGGGAGGAUCUUAAAGAGCUGGGCCAGUCUUCUCCACGCCUCCCUCCUCACUCUGACAUGUCUUGCUGAGGGGUCAUCCCUCCCAGUCCCCAGCCUUCCCGAGACUGGGUCCGUCUUCAGUCCUCUGAAGCCUAGAUGCCCAAGUAGAGUGUUUCCUUUGGGUCCCCUCCUCCCUUGCCCUGGGGCCACCAAGGGAGGAGUGAUGGAGAAGCAGGCGAUCAGGCCCGGGUUGUGUCUGAUGCUGCUUCUGUCCCUCCCUCAGCUCUGCCUGGAUCAGGAGGUGUUGUCUGGACACUCACUUCAGACACCCCCUGAGGAGAGCCAGGGCCCCGAGGGUGUCUGGGGUCCUUGGGACCAGUGGGCCUCUUGCUCCCAGCCCUGCGGGGUGGGGGUGCAGCGCAGGAGCCGGAAGUGUCAGCUCCCUGCAGCUCACCUCCACCAGGGCCGGCCCCCAAGACAUCCAGAAGGCCUGCUCCCCCGGGGUCAAGGCCCUAGACCUCAGACUUCCCGAGAAACCCUUCCCCUGUACAGGCCACCGCCUCGGGGAAGAGGUGGCCCCUUUCGAGGUCCUGCUUCUCAACUAGGGAGAGAGGAGGCCCGGGAGACUCAAGGAGCCAGGAGGUCCCGGGUUCGAGACCCCAUCAAGCCAGGAAUGUUUGGCUAUGGGAGAGUGCCUUUUGCUUUGCCGCUCCAUCGGAACCGCAGGCACCCGCGGAGACCACUCAGAUCUGAGCUCUCGCAGACCUCAGACCUUCCAUCCCUGAUGCCAAGAGCAGUGCCAUCCUCUGCAAACCACACCCCGCAAACUGAACUUCCUCCCACAGCACCGUCUGCCCCUGCCCGGUCCCCCCCAGCGGACUCCCCAAGUCCCGAAGCUGCUCAGACAGAGGUGCCCUCUAGAACCGAGCCUGCCCCCACAGGGCCCCACCCCAGUACCCGGGCCUCAGUCACAGGGCCCUCUUCUCCACCACCCCCAGGAGAAGGGCGCUCCUUUCACGCAUCUCCUCAGCCAAGAAGGCCAGGUUCCCAGGGUGGGGCCAGUCCCCAGCUGGCAGAGAGACACCCUCAUCCUUUCCUUUCUGUCCCUCCGGGCCGAGGCCAGCAGAGCCCGGAGCGCUGGAGACCUGGGGGGGAUCGGCUCAGGUCCCUCACCGAGUCUGCCCCUCACCACCCCCAUGGCUGGUUGCCUCUGCUGAGUACCGGCCCUCACUCCAGCUCUCUCUGGAGUCUCUUUGCUCCCAGUAGCCCUGUCCCAAGAUGUUCUGGGGAGAGUGAGCAGCUGAGAGCCUGCAGCCAAGCGCCCUGCCCCCCUGAGCAGCCAGAUCCCCGGGCCCUGCAGUGUGCAGCCUUUGACUCCCAGGAGUUCAUGGGCCAGCUGUACCAGUGGGAGCCCUUCACCGAAGUUCAGGGUUCCCAGCGCUGUGAACUGAACUGCCGUCCCCGUGGCUUUCGCUUCUAUGUCCGUCACACUGAAAAGGUCCAGGACGGAACCCUGUGUCAGCCUGGAGCCUUAGACAUCUGCGUGGCUGGCCGCUGUCUGAGCCCCGGCUGUGAUGGGAUCCUGGGCUCCGGCAGGCGUCCAGAUGGCUGUGGAGUCUGCGGGGGUGAUGAUUCUACCUGCCGCCUGGUCUCGGGGAACCUCACUGACCCAGGGGGCUCUCUGGGCUAUCAGAAGAUCCUGGUGAUUCCUGCUGGAGCCUCCCGGCUCCACAUCGCCCAGCUCCGGCCCAGCUCCAACUACAUUGCGCUUCGAGGCCCUGGGGGCCAGUCCAUCAUCAAUGGGAACUGGGCUGUGGAUCCCCCCGGGUCCUACACGGCCGGCGGGACUGUCUUCCGGUACAACCGUCCUCCUCGAGAGGAGGGCGCAGGGGAGAGUCUGUCUGCUGAAGGCCCCACCACCCAGCCUGUGGAUGUCUACAUGAUCUUUCAGGAGGAAAGCCCAGGCGUUUUCUAUCAGUAUGUCAUCUCUUCACCUCCCCCAGACCUUGAGAACCCGACCCCAGAGCCCCAUCUCCCCCAGCUCCAGCCUGAGAUUUUCAGGGUGGAGCCCCCACCCGCUUCGGCAUCCCGGCCUGCCCGGACCCCUGGUACCCUCCAGCGGCAGGUGCGGAUCCCCCAGAUGCCUGCCCCGUCCCAUCCCAGGACACACUUGGGGUCUCCAACCGGAUACUGGAAACGGGUGGGACACUCUGAGUGCUCGGCAUCGUGCGGCAAAGGUGUUUGGCGCCCCAUCUUCCUCUGCGUUUCUCGUGAAUCGGGAGAGGAACUGGAUGAACGCAGCUGUGCCAUGGGUGCCAGGCCCCCAGCCUCCCAGGAACCCUGCCAUGGCCCCCCGUGCCCACCAUACUGGGAGACCGGCGAGUGGACAUCCUGCAGCCGUUCCUGUGGCCCUGGUACCCAGCACCGCCAGCUGCGCUGCCGGCAGGAGUUUGGGGGCGGUGGCUCCUCGGUGCCCCCAGAGCGCUGCGGACAUCUGCCCCGGCCCAACAUCACCCAGCCCUGCCAGCUGCGCCUCUGUGGCCACUGGGAGGUCCGAUCCCCCUGGAGCCAGUGCUCCGUGCGGUGCGGGCGAGGCCAGAGGAGCCGGCAGGUCCGCUGUGUGGGCAACAACGGUGAUGAAGUGAGCGAGCAAGAGUGUGCCUCAGGCCCUCCGAGGCCCCCCAGCAGAGAGGCCUGUGACAUGGGGCCCUGCACCACGGCCUGGUUCCACAGCGACUGGAGCUCCAAGUGCUCAGCCGAGUGUGGGACGGGAAUCCAGCGACGCUCUGUGGUCUGCCUUGGGAGUGGGGAGGCCCAUGGGGUGGGCCAGGAGGAAGCAGGGGCAGGAGCCAGCGAGCAGACCUGUGCACCAGGAAGCCGCCCCCCUGACAUGCGUGCCUGCAGCUUGGGGCCCUGCGAGGUGACGUGGUGCUGGUACACGGGGCCCUGGGCUGAGUGCUCCUCGGAAUGUGGCUCUGGCACACAGCGUAGAGACAUCAUCUGUGUGUCCAAACUGGGGACUGAGUUCAACGUGACUUCUCCUAGCAACUGUUCCCACUUGCCCAGGCCCCCUGCCCUGCAGCCCUGUCAGGGGCAGAACUGCCAGGACCGAUGGUUUUCUACACCCUGGAGUCCGCUGGGGCCUCCCCAGUGUUCUCGCUCUUGCCAGGGGGGCGUGCAGACAAGGGAGGUCCAGUGCCUGACUGCCAACCAGACCCUCAGCACCCGAUGCCCUCCUCACCUGCGGCCCUCCAGGAAACGAUCCUGUAACAGCCAGCCCUGCAGCCAGCGCCCUGAUGAUCAAUGCAAGGACAGCUCUCCACAUUGCCCCCUGGUGGUGCAGGCCCGGCUCUGCGUCUAUCCCUACUAUACAUCCACCUGUUGCCGCUCUUGCGCCCAUGUCCUGGAGCGGUCUCCCCCGGAGCCCGCCUGAAAUGGGUCCAGGAGACCCUCUCCUCAUGGUUUUCUCAUGCCACCAUCAGUCACCCAUCAACCAGCCCACUCUGUACCUUCUGGAUCUCCAGCCUGUCCUGGUCUCACUGGGGACGUCCCCCAGGGUGGUUGAAGGUGGCAAGAUGACAGUGCCCGACCAGACCUGUGGUUGUGUCUGUGUGAUGGUGUGAUGGUGUGAUGGUGUGUGUGCGCACAGGCCUCCAAAUGUGUAUCUGGGCCUGUGUGGAUGUGUGUGCAUCAAGCAUCUGUGUCACUUCUCAGGAAGGAGUGACACAGACUGAGAAGGAAGGGGGAGGAGACGACUGUUUCCUUGAGGCUUUUCUAGGCUAAGAUGAAAGCAAGUUUGAAGCUCUUGGGAAUCUGAGCUACUUAGAGUCUGGCCUCCCCACCAAUCCCAACUUUGUAUCCUAAGCCUCAUCUCUCCCGUUCAGGCCUCACAUCUUCUGAACCACCUUUUCGCCCUGCGAUUCCUUCUCCCAUUACCCAGUCUCUUUAUCCCUCCCUCUCACAGUAAGCUAGGGAGGGGGUCAGCCAUCCUGCCUUUCCCCAGGAAGAGAGACACUAUUUCCCCAGAGCAGGGACCAUCUGGACAGAGGAAGGAAAAGAGAAAGGUUAGCAUAAAACACCCUAGACCCUGUGCCCCACCUCCUAAAGUGGUUCCCACCCAGAACUAAUUUAUUUUUUAUUAAAAAUGAUUAUGACAAAUGAGAAA